CGCUCGCAUGUGUAUAUGUACUGUACUGUACCUCCUGCGUAUCGAUUUGUGCACGUUGUGAGUGUCCGUCUUCAUACUGUACAUUUAGCCAGGAGAGCAUCCCCCGAUCUGCACGCGUAAGCACAAGUCACUCCGAGUUGCUUUCUUGUGCGCCGCUGGCCUUCAACCUUACGACUCCUGCGGUGACCAUCUGGGCCUGGAGCCUUCCAUCAGCCCCCAAGACGUCGCUGUACUUAUCUAUCCCGCCCUCGCGCAAGCCGCGCUUGAAGGGAGGGCUCUCAACUCCCCCGGCAUGCCCAUUUCCUACCGAUUCCAGCGACAGUCCACCCCAAUGUACACUUCAGUCUACUCGCAGAUCGUCGGCACACUUUUUGCGGAGGGAUCGUCAGACUACCAUUUUACCGUACAAUCCGCGGCAAGUUGCCUCGCUCACGGAAUCCAGCUGGUGACGGGCGCUCAUACGGAGGUCCGUAUAAUUUCACCAUUUCUGGAGGUGCCGGUUGAGGUAAGAUCUCAACUGGCAAAAGAGGAUGGGUGGUGUUUGCAGCAUUUGCAGCAUCAUGCUGAGAGAGGCGGGCAGAAGGCAACGUCAGCGUCCGACGCACUUGUGGUCUGUCGAGACCUAAGCAAUACUAUCGUACGCAUUUGCCUGCACCCGACCAGAGGUGCUGGGGAUCUUCCUUCCACCUCCGUCGUGGAGCAAUUAGCCUCCGACUUGUGUCUGCUUCUCGGAGCAUACUUCAGGUUAUCCCUCUGCCGCCAUUCCUACAUUGGAGGUCAGCAACCACCGUCGUCCAGCCCGAGCCGAACGGACAGCGUGGUGACUGCCGUAGAGAGCACCCGCAAACCACGGCCAAGAUCUAUGGUAUCGGAAAACUCGUCGUUAGGGCCUCCGUCGAAACGAAACAAAUUCAACUGGCAAGGCAGGCGUGUAGCACUACCUUUGCACAGCCGGCCUGAAGGAUGCGCCGCUUGUCGGAAAAGGCGGACGUACAAAAGAUUCAUUCUCAAGAAUGCGGACCCCCAAAAGGCAUCGUCGCGGUAUCACCGAGCGUUAAACUUUGAGGAGAUGGCAAACGUUAUACCUCAGUUGAUCUAUCAAACCGAUGACACAGGAAUGUGCAUAUGGGCAAACACGUAUUGGGAUAAGUAUCUGGGCAUCACGAUGGAAGCCGUGAUUGAUGGCUCGGGAUGGACGCAGGUGGCCCAUCCCGACGACCUGCAAAGUAGUAACGCGAAUUGGAGAGCAGCUAUCGCGCAGGGUAGGAGCUUCGAGCAAGAAGUUAGAAUCAAGCGCAGGGAUGGCUCGUAUCGAUGGCACAUAUCCCGGUCAAUGCCGGUCGUAAGGGCUGACGGAAGAAUCAAGUGUUGGAUCGGCACGGUCACGGAUGUCCACGAGCAAAAGGAGUCUUUAGCCCGUGAGCAGGCGGCGAGGGAAGCAUCCGUGCUGAAGUCCCAGUUCCUGGCGACCAUGAGUCAUGAGAUUCGGACGCCAAUAGCUGGGGUGAUUGGGAUGGCUGAGCUACUGCGCGAAACCAAUCUUACCGAAGAGCAGCGCGCGUGGACAGAUAACAUCAGUCUGUCCGCUGAAUGUCUCGAAACGAUCAUCAAGGACAUACUGGAUUUCAGCCGGGUGGAGGCUGGCAAACUGUCCAUCGAGGCAGCUCCGUUCGAUGCGAGAGCUUUAGCUUCAGAAGUGCAAACAAUUCUCCAGCAAUCUGCGAACAAAAAGAACAUUCAACUGGAUUUGCAGACUGCGGUUCUUUCGGCAAGGAUGGCUUUGGGAGAUGCACCAAGGAUUCGACAGAUUUUGAUCAACGUUGUAAGCAACGCAAUCAAAUUCACGUCACCGGGUGGCCGAGUCACAAUACGGCUAAAGGAUGAAGUCUCAACCGAUGGGCAAACCGUCACAUACCACUUCGAAUGUGAGGAUACGGGGAUAGGUAUCUCGCAAACUGCAAUACAGGGCCUCUUUCGGCCUUUCCAUCAGGCAGAAGCUUCGACUAGCCGGCGUUUCGGCGGCACUGGCCUCGGAUUGUCAAUAUGCAAGGGCCUCGUCGAGCUCAUGAAAGGCAAAAUAUGGGUGCAAAGUGUCGAAGGGAAAGGGUCUACGUUUUAUUUCAUUAUCCCAUUUCGGAUUGCUGGGAAAUCUUCCAAUGGCCUUCAAUUGCGCCCGCAGCUCACCCGAGCCGACUCAGAGCGUUUGGCGGGUUUCCACGCGCUCGUAGCCGAGGACAAUCAAAUCAACCAGAUCAUCCUCUCGAAAUUGCUGCAAAAGCUGGGAAUGCGGUAUACGAUUGCAGCAGAUGGAAACGAAGCCCUACAGCAUCUGUACAGCGACACCCGGUUCGACGUUGUUCUAAUGGAUUGUCAUAUGCCACAGAAAGACGGGUACGAAGCCACCCGAUGCAUCCGCCAAUCCGACAAUCCAAACCUGCGCGACAUGACCGUCAUAGCAGUCUCGGCAAACGCUCUCGCGUCCGAUGUGGCGAAAUGCCUCGACUGCGGGAUGAACGAUCAUGUGGCAAAGCCGGUCAAGCUGAGCGCCCUCGCGCAUGUUUUGGCCAAAUGGCUGAUGAAGGACGGGAAGACGUAGCGCCUGUCUUUCUCACGGGCGCACUAUAGAUGCAACGACGGGGCGUGGCGCACUGGUUUUUUUUUACGGGAACCCUCCGUAUAGCUCCCCGUAUGGGAUGAGAAUCCUUUAGCAAUCGUCGGCUCAUAGCGCUGGCGUUCACUGCUGGCGGUUUUAGGACGAUUGCUUCCAUUUUCUUUUUUGGAUUUUCAAGGAUUUUUGUGCAUUUCUUUGAGUAUACCCUAGACGUCAUAUUUAUUCUCAGUCGAAUCUUGAAGGACUGGUGUGCCAUCGAGUUCCUUUUUCCUUCUGUGGUGGGUGUCGUGGCAGUCCAACUGAGCGACACAGCCGGUGGGAUCACAAGCAUCGAUAUGGACCAAGAAAAGCUUUA